GGGUGGGCCGGGGCGCGAGAUUCGUCCGCGGCCAGGCAUGCCGGGAGCCCCUCGGGCCGCCGCCGCCGCCGCCGCCACCUCCGCGCUGGCUGCCUGCGGGCGCCGCUGAGCAGGCUGGCGGAGAUGAAAUUCCCUUUCUCGGUGCUGGCGUCCGUGAGCCUCUUCUUUGCCGAGACGUUCGUGGCGCUCUACCUGAGCAGCACCUACCACCAGGCGGGCGACGGCAUCUGGCAGAAGCUCACCCUGUUCUUCUCGCUGGUGCCCUGCGUGCUGGUGCAGCUCACGCUCCUCUUCGUGCACCGCGACCUCAGCCGGGACCGGCCGCUUCUGUUCCUGCUCCACCUGCUUCUGCUCGGGCCCCUCUACAGGUGUUUUGAAGUCUUCUGCCUCUACUGUAAGUCGGGACAGAAGGAAGAGCCGUAUGUCAGCAUUACCAAGAAGCGGCAGAUACCCAAACAUGGCCACUCACAGGAAAUUGAGAAGGAAGUGGGCCAGGCCGAUGGCAAGAUAUUCACCCACCGAUCUGCAUUUAGCCGGGCAUCAGUGAUCCAGGCCUUCCUGGGCUCAGCCCCCCAGCUGACCCUGCAGCUGUACAUAUCUGUCUUGCAACAGAACAUCACUUUUGGAAGAAGUUUCUUCAUGUUCCUAUCUCUGUUGUCCAUUGUAUAUGGAGCUUUGCGCUGUAACAUCCUAGCCAUCAAGAUCAAGUAUGAUGAAUACGAGUUCAAGGUGAAGCCCCUGGCCUAUAUCUGUAUCUUCCUCUGGAGGAGCUUUGAGAUUGCUACUCGAGUCGUGAUCCUGGUCCUUUUUACCUCUGUCCUGAAGGCCUGGGUAGUAAUGGUUGUCCUCAUCAAUUUCUGUGGCUUCUUCUUCUACCCCUGGAUCAACUUCUGGUACAGCGGCUCCCCAUUCCCACAAAACAUAGAAAAGGCUCUCAGUCGGGUGGGCACCACCUGUGUGCUCAUCUUCCUCACCUUUCUCUAUGCUGGUAUCAACAUGUUUUGCUGGUCAGCUGUGCAGCUAAAAAUCGAUGACCCUGAACUCAUUAGGAAGUCACAGAGCAGGUACCAACCACUGAUGCACUACAUGCUGAGAUUCAUUGAAAAUGCCUUCCUUCUCCUCAUGUGGUAUCUUAACAAGACUGACAUCUAUAUGUAUGUGUGUGCCCCAUUCUUGUUUCUUCAGUUGCUUAUUGGGUAUUGCACUGGCAUUUUCUUCAUGCUGGUAUUCUAUCAGUUCUUUCACCCUUGCAAAAGGCUUUUUUCCUCCAGUGUUUCUGAAGGCAUUCGGAAAUGUCUGAGAUAUGUUUGCUGUAAAUGUAUGAAACACAAAACCGAGGAGAACACACAAAAUAAAAGCUCAUUCUCAAGCACGGAUGAUAUGCCUUCAGGCAGUAAUGUAGAGCCUUCCUUCCAUACUGCUGAGGAGUCAGUCACUGCUUAAUUGGACCCAGGUCUGUUGGCAUGUAGAUAGAUUGUUUUCUGGUCUGAACCAUUUCCAUAAUACAAGGAAUUAUCCUUGCACAAUAAAGAAAAAAUCGGAAGUUAGUUGCAACUCCUUUUGAGUUGUUCUCCUUUACAGAGCCUUUAGGCAAGUGGAAAACAGAUAGAGAAGUGAGUGUUGGAGGAUGCCUAGAAUACCAUCAUUCACAGUUGAAUGUGUUUCCUACAUGUUUCUGGCCUUUUCGCUGACAUAAUAUUCAAGUUACGCUGCUAUGAUCUCUCCAGUAAAAAGAGGACAAGAGAUUGAUUUAUUUGCUUUCUAGUUUUCUAGAUGACUUGUCUAGAUAAUGUUUUAUUUAAGGUUUAUACUCAAGAACUGUCCCAGUGACCAGACAGCAUUACUGGAGUCUUGCUGUCAGCAGCAUUAUUCCAGUGUUUAGGGGACACAGUCAAGCCAGAUGUUACAUUUUCAAAGCUUUGUGUACAUAACUGUUAGCUGCUCUGGUCUGCUUUAUCUGCUUCAAAUGUCUAGAAUUGGAUGUAUCCAAAUUUCCAAGUAUCAAUAGAUGUAAAAUUGAAUUCUAAAAAUGUUCAAUGGAAGUUCUAGAAUUUUAAGGAAGUUGUCUUCCUUCAACAUAUGUAAGGAAUUCUGGGAACAUAAAAGUGCCAUAUAUUUUUAGUCUUUCCAUUCCCAGAUAGAUGAAAAUGUGAUUCUGAAAGAAUGUAGUCUUAGCCCUCUUCAUGGCUCAGUCCUAUCCUGUUAAUUCUAUGAAAUUUGUAGCUGAACUUGCUAGGAUUGUCUUUUCUAAGAAGGGUGAAAAUAAAACUAUUAGUCUUAGCUUCUUUUUCCUUGCCUAUAAGGAUUGUUUCAGAUAAGAGUUACCUUGGUUAAUAUCUACUUUUUUAGAAAAUGCUACAAAAAUAUCUCUCCUAGCAUAGGUAUGUAGGACAUUUUAAGUUUCAUCAUUUUAAAGAAAAGAUUUUCUUCCAUCCAUUAUCAAACUACCCCAAAUUUAAUAUUAUCUUCAGAAGAUUAAAUUAUAUAAAAUGAUGAAAUUAUUAGAAGACUUGUCUUAAAUGCAUUUUGAUUUGGCAUGAUUGUGACUUAAUUUGACUAAAAUGUCCUGUUUUCUCUCUCCACCCCUGUCUUCUGUAUAAUUUCUUCCUGUUUGUUUUAUUAAGAUCCCUAUUUUUUAUUAUUUGGAUUCCUGUUUGUUUUAUUGAAGUACUAUGCAGCGUAUCUACAGUAAUUUUGUGGGGGAACCUCGAUCCAGUGUCAUAAUUCCUACCGCUAGUAUCUUAAAAAUAAAAUACUUAAAAACAGACCUGUCACUAACUAGGCUUAACAUUAUAUGUAGAGGCUAGUAUUUUCCAAAUUUGAUUUCAAAACUGUCUGAAGAACCACUAUAACUUUCAAAUUCAUUUGAAAUAAUUUUAAUAUAGAAGUUUGAUGAGCAUUUUGAAUUACCUCACACCAAACUGGCAGUGAUGGUCUGACUUUUCAAGUCCAGUAUAAGUCAUACAACAACAGAGUUGGUAAAUAAAUUGUUCAUUUUCUGGUUUAUUUUUUGAUAUACUUUUACUUUGGCAUCACCCUUUUAUUUUCAUUCACUUUGGAGAGGCAAAAGCACCACCCUCUGUCCAUAAUAAAACGUGUUCUUUUUGUUGUUUCUAUCUCUGAAAUGGCAGAACUAUUUAUUUAUACUAAGAGCUUGAUGUAGUAAAAACAAACAAACCAUCAAUUUCUUCAUGUUUUGAGCAUUAAAAUGUAGUUUUUUCUGCUAUAAUUCUCAUUUAUUAAACUCUCAGUGUGUUGUAUAAUUAAUUAUAUGCCAUAUUGGUUAUGACAGCUAUUCCAACUGAAUCGCUAUCAAUUGGCUAGAUGUAGGUGAAAAUUUCUUUAAAACAUUGAAAUAUGAUUACCAAACAUGUUUAGACUUUGUCUUUUCAUUACAAGAGUCAGUGCAUUUCAUUGCUGGUGAUAAUAGCAUUUCCCUACCCAUCCCUGCCAAUUACUUAAUUGCCUGAUGCCUGCGUUUCCUCACUUACAUCAUUCCAACCUACCUCAUAAAGUUAUUUGAAAGAUGUGAAAAUGCAUUGAAAUAUUUUAAAGUAUCUUGUUUAUUUAAGAAGUUACUAUAAGUGCUUCAGCUCCAUAAAUAUGUCAUUAUUUAUUUGGCUGUUAGAAAAGAAGCAGAUAGCAUCCUCUGUGUGAGUGUCAUGCCUUUGGGUUUCUGGAAGGCAAGUAUAAAUGGUUUCAGCUUAGCAAUUACCUCUUAACAUUAGUUGCUUGUAAAACUGUGCAUCCAAACACAUGGUACUUGAAGAAUAAAAGCCAACUAUAGUCUAAGAAAUUGCCUUUGAUGGAAAAUGAGUUUAUCAUUUUAAUAUCUGUUGUGUUUCAUAAAAGACAUAACAGUCUCUUUUGAAAAUGUGGGUUAUAGCUUGAACUCCUAAUGUGCUAACUAUAUUUGAAUGCGGAUUUAAUCUUUUCACCUUGUAAAUGAUAAAAUAAACAUUAUAAUUUAUUGUCAAAUAUAGCACUUCCUUAGAAACAACCUUAGAACAUUAAUGCUGUGGUUAUGAAUGUAUGUGUUGCUUCAUCUCAGCCAAUAAAUUGUGAAUGUGAAUAUUUGCUGGCUGUUUUCCUGCAGUCAUUGACUUGAAUAAGUAUUGUUUGUUUCUUCAUAUAAUAAAUGAAUUUUUCAGUUU